GUUUUUGGUGAACUAUAAAAAGCAACCGAUACCGGAGAAUAGUUAUCAGUUUCAAUUCAGAUAUUCCCUGAAAACAAUCAAAAAACUUUAAUCAAAAUGUUCAAAUUCAUUGCUUUGUGCUUCUUGGCUAUUGUCGCUGCUGUCGCUGCCAAGCCAGCAAUUGUUGCUGCACCAUUGGCUUAUUCAUCACCAUUGAUUGCUUCACCUUAUACUGCUGCUUAUACCGCUGGAUACGCUUCACCAUAUGUUGCUGCAGCUUCACCUUAUGUAGCUUCUGCUUCAUAUGUUGCAUCACCAUAUGCCGCUUAUUCUGCUUAUCCAUAUGCUGCUGCUCCAGUUUUGGUUCGUUAAGGAAUACUUUUUUGGUGGAAAAAUGAUAAUGUUGACGGAAAAUAUGGCUAUAAUUUGUUAAAGUUUUAUUUAUCAAAUUAAAAAUAAAAAAGCAAA